AGAGAGAGAGAGAGAGAGAGAGAGAAUGCCGUUGGGGAAGUACUACUGCGACUACUGCGACAGGGAAUUCCAAGACACCCCAUAUGUUCGGAAACGCCAUCUCCAAGGUCUCCAACACCUUAGAAACAAGGCCCUCUGGUUCGACUCCUUCCAAUUCAAAGAUGCUAACCAGGCUUACACUGAAGGAUUUGGCAAAGGGGUGUGCAACCGCUUUGUCAAGACGGGUUUUUGCCAGUACGGAGAUUCCUGCAAAUAUGUUCAUCCCAAGAACAACUUAGCAAAUGUUAAUACUCAAGGCAUAUCAGUGACAGGCUUUGUGGAUAACAAUCAGUCACCAAUUAUCCCUGGAAAUCAGUCGGUUGGAGGCAGUUUUUCAGGGGAUGUAGUACGAGAUAAUAUGGGAAUGUCAUGGGGCAAUUUACCUCCAUCUCUAAAGCCUCCUCCAGAGGGUGGAUAUCCUUCUCGCCCCUCUGUGGAUUGGGGAUAGGUCUGCUACUUCAUUUAGUCACCUUUUUGUGUGGUGCCAGUAAUAGAGUUCCUUCUAUAUUUCCUAUCACCUUUCCUUGACAUACUUGAUACGGUUACAAUGUAAAUUGAGAUAUGUGUGGAUAUAGGUUCAUGCAGCUUCUGUAUGUGAUAGUUGAGUGGAACAUGUUGCUCAUUUUUCCUCUAUUAAGGAAAAAGAAAGGAAGUGUUUUUGAUGUCGGAGGUGUAGCAAAAAUUUUAUUUUAAUUUACUUUUAUAUCCUUUUGGAAAUCAAUUGUAUUUUUAUUAGUCAAAUGUAUUUUAUUUUAGUUCUUAGUA